AUGUCACUCAGCAACUAUAUUCCGGACGGUUUACUUCCACGAUGGUUGCUUGUCGUGGCUGCAACGGCGGCUAUCAACGGGGCAAGCAACAUAGUCAAUCCUCGUGCUAGCGCAAAGGUCUACUCGUCGCCCAAUGCUCAGAUCACGCCUUUGUCCGCUCGUCUGUUUGGUAUUUGGAACUUCACCUCGGCCGUCAUUCGAUUCUACGCCGCCUACAACAUCAAUGACAAGAUAGCAUACGAACUUUGCAUGUGGUCCUUCGCCAUUGCUCUUGCACACUUUAUCUCCGAGACGUUCAUCUACAAGACCGCCAAGCUCGGUCCUGGUAUCGUCAGCCCUUUGAUUGUCGCUUCUUCGAGUCUAACUGCUAUGUAUCUCCAGUAUGGUGCCUAUAUCACUCCACUUCCCAAGUGGAUUUAG